UAGCUGGUUGUUUUGGAGUGUUCCCUGACAUGAUUCUAUUGAUGGCAAGCUUGUUGGUUAGUCUCACGAAUUAGCCGCCCUUCCUAGGUCUCUCACUUAGGAAGGGCGGCUAACUCAUGAGAUUGGCAUGCAAUUAACACAACGGCAAUUAGAGACCUAAGUAGCUAAGGUUAAUUAAGUGCUUUGCGCCUCCUAGUCCUCUGGACAUGAAAAGCUGACAAGAUGGCUGAUGAUCAGACUACUGACAUCCUCCAUCCCUCAACAUCGCUGGAGUGGGAGGAAUGGCCCUCUCUACCAGUGGGGAUGAGUGAUGCCUCUUCAGUGUAUCUAAAUGGAACACUGUAUUUUGGAGGAGGAGAAUACACUACUAAUGAUAUUGAUUUGAGAGUUGAAGCUUCAUUAUACUCAUUCAAACCUAGAAUUGACAGCACAUGGACAGUGACAGACACACCUACCUUUGGGUAUACCCUUGUCGUCCAUGACUCUGAACUGCUACUGGUGGGUGGGUGUGAGUAUUCUACAGGAGAGGUCACAAACAAAAUCUUCACGAUGGCGAAUGGACAGUUUGUUGAAACACUGCCUCCUAUGAAGGAGAGACGAAGUUCCCCAUCUGCUGUCAGUAGUGAGUCUGCACUAGUUGUGGCUGGGGGAUGGGACGACUCAGGAGCACUCUCCUCUGUGGAAGUGUUCAAAGAUGGCCAGUGGACAACUGCUCCCUCCCUGCCAAGUGCAGCAUGUCGCAUGAAGACUGCUCUCCAUGGUGACCAGUGGUACCUGAUCACGUUUCAGGGACACGUGUUCUGUGCAUCACUACAAUCACUCAUAUCUGGAGCCUACCAGUCACCAUGGGAGACGCUGCCUGAUGCGCCAAGUCAAUAUUCAGCUGCUGCUGCCUUUUUUGGUAGUCGUCUCUUGUCUAUUGGAGGAGUGAUUUAUUCGAAUUCUAAAACCACAAGAACCAUCCAUAUCCAUGCUUUCUCCUUUAGCACCCAGUCCUGGAAGCAUGCUGCUGACCUGCCUGUACUCCCAACAGCUGGUGUUCUGUCCAGCAAACAACUAAUUGUGAGCAGUGGUACGAGAGUAUUUUGCGGAAAACUUAGUGUUACUCCUUUUGAUGCUGACAGUUACUUCACUAUGAGAGCUAUUGAUCGCCUCAAAGCUUCAGCAGGAAUCUCUCUGAUAGAGGAGCUUGUAAAACACACGCCCACUGCCUUCCCAGCUGUUGCUGGUGUGGAUGUUCAGGAGAAAUACUAUCCUAUCUUGGAAGAGUGGGCGUCAGGAUAUGGAUCACACCUACCCACAUGGGCAGAGCUGUUCAGAGCUCUCAAGGAGAUGUGCUUGAGUGAGCUGGCUGGUCGGAUGGAGAAGUACUUGAGAGGGUCGGUUCCUGAGGACCCACCUCGACCACCCCCUGAUAAGGAAGGUGACUCAGAGGAGGAGAAAGAUGAUGAAACACCAAAGCAAGAAAUUCUCAGGUUAAACCAUGUGCUGGCUGAGUGCAUCAGCACUAACACUCUAUUGAAAAAUACGAUCCACAACCUUGAGCAACAGAUUGCUCAGUUUGCAAAGGAAAAACAGCAUAUCGAACAGGAAACCGAAGCUGAGCCACAGGCCACUGAUGACCUCCCUGGUGUUGAAGUGGUGGCCAGCACUUGUGUGAUCGUAACCAACUCACCCCAAACCUUCCACUGGGUUGGCUAUGGGUUCAAGCUCACCAUACCCCAAGGCUCUCUGCCAGCUGGUGUUGACCAGUGUCGACUAGAUAUCAAGGCCAGUGUAUCUGGACAGUAUCAGUUUCCUGACAAUCUCCAGUUGGUCAGCAGUGUCUUCUGGGUGCGUCUUCAUCCCUCGGGUCGAUUCCAACAGCAGCUGACAGUCGAGAUACAGCACUGUGCCAAGAUGACCAGCUCCACUAAGCUCUCAUUUGUGAGAGCACAUUGCUCCCAGGAGAGUCUGCCCUACACAUUCAAACAGCUUGAAGGACGUGACUCAUUCACAGAGCACAGCUCGUACGGUUGUUUGAGUGUGAAUCAUUUCAGUUCACUUGCAAUAGCUGCGGAGGGUGAUAUUGAUCUACAGUAUGUCGCUAGUCUAUACUAUCUGAAGGCCGACCCUCGGACCGUGGAGAUUCAUUUCACAAUUAAUGUGGAUGAUGAAAUACAUAAUGCUGAAACACAGAAGUUCUUUGACAAGCGUGGGGCCAAAGAAGGGCUGACUUUGGGGGUGGAGUUUGAUGACACGACUAUUUCACUGGAUAUUCCACUAUCCAGCGGUGUUAAUAUUAAUGAAUGGAGUCUUCUACCACUUGUUACACCAACGAUAUCAAAGAGAAGAGUUGACUCGUUCAAGCCAGGGAGAAAAGUUCCAUCCACAAAGCUAGUAGCAACACUCUCUGAGAGUAGCUGGGACUGCAAGGUACCAAGACGUUCACACCUAAUAACUUUGAAUGGUGCUAAGGAACCUGAUAACCAAAUGCGAAUUGUGUUGGAUCCCGUUCUAAAUGAAGUGGCCCCUCAUCAAUUGUUCCACUCCACGAGUGCAGUGGCAGUUCCAUGUCCCUCUGGCUCUCAAGUUGCAUCUGAUCAACCAAUCACUGUUGCUGACAUUGUGAGACACGUGGGCAUUAGUGAGGAGGACCUUGAUCGAGAAUGCUCCAACGAACACUUGCAGGAAAUCGGUACUUUCCUGCCAAACUGGCCCAAAUUUGCUGAGGCCUUACUCCUGACAACUGCACAAAUUACGGGAAUUCAGGUCAAUCCGAACAUAUGCUACGAAAUGAAGGCCGAGAAGGUGCUAGAAUUAUGGCAUGACAGAGAGAGCUUCAGAGCAACGUAUCGUCGUCUUGUUGAAAUCUGUCUUCACAGAUUCAAGCACGGUGAAGCAGCAAAGAAGAUAUGCUUAUUGGUGAAAGACAUUCCCCCGGACCCCCACCACCCACUAGUGAGGAUUCACAGAACAAAGUCUCAGUGAGAACACAUCAGAACUGGACUUAUUAUUAGCAUUACCUUCUGUCCUAUUGAUAGCUCUAUUGUGUACUGUUUAUUUUUCCAUUGCCAUUGCCCAAUUAUAAUCUAACACCCCCAA